GUCAGUUGUCUCCAAACUCCUCAUGGAGUGUUCCUCGCCAGCCCUGUGCUCCUGCAGAGCAAGGCCUAGGGCUAGAAGCUUUGGCUCCAAAUCCAGCCUGCCUUCCAGCUCUCUGUCUUCACUGUGGUCAGGAGCUUCAGGUUCUUCUAGCAGGCAGCUCAACCCCAGCGGCAGAAGAUUCUGCUGUCCCGCGCUGCAGGGCUGCAGCACCCAAGCUGAGCGCUGGGUCAUGUGGGGCUGACGGCGGGUCAUGUGACCACGCCCUCACUUGGGCGAGCAGAGAGGUGCGUUGCUUGGAAAAGGGAGAGGAAGGACACACACCUGACGACUGGCCAACUGCCAUGGGAGGAGUGGUAGGAUGUUGUGGUGGAUGGGUGCGUCUGUGUGCUGCACUAGGCUGAAAACUAAUGUCUCAGUCCACCAGAAUUAGGGCAUCUGUUAGUAGAGGAAACAAUCCCUCAGCCCAUUGCGAGCGUCUUAGCCAGGGUCUGCCUUUUGUCCAGGAGCUCAAGAGGCAGGAAGUCUGCGGGAGGCAUCCGUGGAGAGAAGCAGCGGCCACUGUUGGAGGAGGUCUGCCUGUGAGUUGGCUGUAGGGCUUAAGAAAACUGGAAGCAAGGAGGGAGGAGAAAAUUGCACCAGAUCAAUGCAGGUCCAUCUCCAUUGGUGGCUGUGGUGGCCUUGGAGUGGCAGAAGAUCAUCACCUUCAACAGGUCUGCACUCAGGAGCCAUCAUCUUCCCUCAGCCUGAGUGUCUCUGCCCUCUGUCUAUGUCAUUGACAGAGGUUGUCUUUUUGAAAAGGAGAUUGUAUGAGUGCUGAACUGACAGUAGACUCUCAACUCUUGCUACAAAGUUUCUCUCUGAUCCGUGAAAGUGUGUUAAGACGUGGACCUGGGGCACGUUGAGAACCAAGACCAAGACUGUAUAGGGCUAUCUAUAUAACUGGACUUCAGUCAUGGCUGGGGCUAAGAAUGAGAGUAGAAACAAGGCCAAAACUGAAAAAAGGGCUGGUAUAGCAGCUGAAGCAAAGAGGGAGGUUUCUGGCAUAGUCAAAUCUGUAGCCAAGACCCAAGCCAAAGCAAUAGCCAAGACACGGUCUCAGGCAGAUGCAGUGGCAGAGACAAAAGCAGUGUCUAAGAUCAGAAUUGUUACUAAGACGAAGAAAGGGGCCCUAGCAGAUUUUAGUCCCAAAGCUGAAAGUGAGGCCACUAGAGUAUCUCAGUUUUGUUCUGUGGCUGAGGCUAGUGCUGAGUCCAGGUCCCCAUGUAAAAAUAAGGCUGGUAUUGAUGCCUGGUUCUGGGCUGGGGAAGAGGGCAGUGUUGGUUCCUGGUUCUGGAAUGGCGAAGAGGCGGGUAAUCAUUCUAGUGCUAAGGAUGAAGAUAAAGCUGAUAGUGGUCCCCUGUCCUGUGCUGAGAAGUUGGAGCCUGUGGGUCGGGCCAGCUGCAAGGCUAGGCCAGGGGCUGAGGAGGAGGAAGAAGAGAAUGUUAUUGGGAACUGGUUUUGGGAUGGAGAUGAAACUAGUUUUGACCCUAAUCCUAGACCUGUGAGCAGGAUAGUUAGGCCUCAGCCUGUGGAUGAAAUUAAUGAAAAAAGUAGGCCCAAGGACUGGUCUGAGGUAACUAUCUGGCCCAAAGCCCCUGCUGUAACUCCAGCAGUGUUAGGAUUUAGAUCCCAAGCCCCAUUUGAGACAAAGCCUCCUUCAUAUAUUGUCCUGGCCUCAGCUGAGGAAAAUGCCCAUUCUUUGCCUGUGGCAACAGCAAGCCCUUCUAGGAGCACUCCCUCAUGCUCACAGCCUAUCCCUGAGUAUCCAUUUGGUUCUGACCCUUGCAUCCAGACCAUAGAGGAGAUUAGACGUCAAAUCAGGAUCAGGGAGGUGAAUGGGAUUAAGCCAUUUGCUUGCCCUUGCAAAAUGGAAUGUUACAUGGAUUCUGAGGAAUUUGAAAAACUCGUUAACUUACUGAAGUCAACUACUGAUCCUCUCAUUCAUAAAAUAGCUCAAAUUGCAAUGGGGAUCAUUAAUGUUCAUCCAUUUGCCCAGGAGUUCAUUAACGAGGUGGGUGUAGUGACGCUUAUUGAAAGCUUGCUCAGUUUUCCAUCCUCUGAAAUAAGAAAAAAGGCUGUAAUUACUCUGAAUCCCCGUUCUGGGGAUGAAAGACAACGCAAGAUUGAAUUACAUGUUAAGCAUAUGUGUAAGGAAACCAUAUCUUUUCCUUUGAAUUCACCUGGACAACAAUCUGGAUUAAAGAUACUAGGGGAACUGACUACUGAUUCUGACCAUCACUACAUUGUUGCCAAUUACUUUUCAGAGCUUUUCCAUUUGCUAUCCCUGGGAAAUCGUAAAACCAGAAAUCUGGUUUUGAAAGUGCUUUUGAACAUGUCUGAAAAUCCAACUGCAGCCAGAGACAUGAUCAAUUCAAAGGCGUUAGCAGCAUUAAAGCUCAUCUUUAACCAGAAAGAGGCAAAAGCCAAUCUUGUUAGUGCCGUGGCCAUAUUUAUUAACAUAAAGGAGCAUAUCAGAAAGGGCUCAAUUGUAGUUGUCGAUCACUUGAGUUAUAAUACACUCAUGGCCAUUUUCCGUGAAGUUAAAGUGAUUAUUGAAACAAUGUAAAAUGAACCAGAAAUAAAAGAGAAUACUUUUAAUAAUCUCCAAAUUCUAAUAAGCUAGUUCUUCCCAGAGCUGUGCAUAACAUUUUGGUUAUCACAGUGUGCAUGUUACAAAUUACAUCUUUAAGAUGAUAUUACCUGUGACUAUCUCUAGGUUUGAGCUUAGCCAUUUUUGGAGUAUCAAAUGAAUAUUACACCAUGAGCUGAAAACAGCUAUUGAUUUUUAUGUUGUGUAGAUGGGGAGCUUUUUAACAUUUUACUUAAGGUAGUGAACCAGUUCAUUGUCAGUACGCUAACUUGUUCAUUAGUAUCUGUUUAGAUCCAUGUGUAGCUUCAAGAGGCAAAAAAGAAAAUAUCUUGAAUUUAGAAUCUAAUUGCAGAAAUAAGGCAUAUACACACAAAAAGAGAAUUAAUAAUACAUACAUUCAUACACAGACACGCACACUCACACUCAUUGCCAAAUAUGCACUCAAUACGUAAAGAAGGCAGGGCUUGCUAUAGAUUGUUUAAUGUAAGAGGAAUUACUGUUUUUCCUGGAUUCUGCCUGUAUCAGAUAACUCAUUUUACAACACAGAAAUGGCCCUGAAUCUGAGAUAAAAUGUAAUAUUCAUUUUUUAAAUUUUAUGGCUACGUUUAUAACACUCAUGCUGUUAGGCUAUUUCAUUUAUGUCAAAGUCAUCUCACAGAAGAGAAAGGAGGUGUAGGUAUAGAGAGGAAACAUUUCCCGAGUACCUACUCCUGUGUCACAUACUGUGUUGGCACUAUGUUUUACAGGAUCUUUUCCUCUUCUCACGAUGGUACUGUGAGCUAGGUACUGGUAUUUUUUUAUUAUUAUAACUCAUUAUUUUCAGUCAACUCCAAUGAGAAUUAGGGAGGUUAAAUACUUUUCCUAGAUUCCCACAGCAGGCAAAUGGCAUAGCUGUUUUGUCUGAUACCAUGUUUUUCUGAUAACCACAACUCGUUAUCACCACACUACCUUACAGUCCUCUUUCACUUCUUUAGGUAGUGGCCCUCAAGGCUUGGAGACUGGUUUUAAUGAUUCAGUUUUGCUGUAGAUAAUGUCUGCCAGUCUUGCAAUUCUUAACUUCCUCCAAAUGCACAUAUCCAUUAGGCAUUUGGCUAUAUUGGCUGGGAGUCAAGAGAAAAGUCAGAUGGGUGUGUGGAUUUCAACUGGCAGUGUCUGGGAAACAGCAGAUGACCAAAACUGUUGAAUGAGUAAGAUGUAGAUUUGGAGUCAUCAGUAAAUAAAAUUUGCUAUAUAUCCUAUCUUUUUCAAUCCGUAUGUACUUUUUCCUCCAAAGAACUGUAAUCAAUUCUGUGCACUGUUUCAUACAUUACAUUUAAAAAGAUAAUUGCUUUCUUCCUCCUUGCAAAAUCAUACCUUAAUUUUUUUUUUUUUUUACCGUUUAUAGUUUAUUCUCCUAUGUGUCAUAUGAAAGGCCAAAGGGCUCCAUUUACGAGUAGGCAAGCCCACUUUGUGCAUUUGUACUGGCUAAACCUAUAGAGGAUAAACUUAACUGGAGAAAUUUAGACCAAAGCUUCAGCUUCAUCAACACAGAACAGGAAACCCAGAAGAGAAGCUGCUGCCUCAACGUACAUGAUAGUGAUUCCUGGAAGUCUUUAUGGUCCAGAGAGCAUUGCCAGGACUUUUAGGCUAUGACUGUGGUUCUCUAAGACUCAUGAUAGGAAUUACAACCCCUUGUCUGAGCUGAAGAGAAUGUCUCAGUGUGUGAAAAUUUUGGGUUAUAUACUUUUGAGAUUUUUAAACAGUUAAGAAACUAAAACAAGAUUAUACUAUAAAUGUUAUUUGUAACUUACUUUUCCCCUAACUGUAUAUUGUGAAUGUCUUUCCAUGUCAAUAAAUACACUUCUGCAGCAUAUUUUUGAGUCACUUAAUGUUUUUCCUGUGUUCACAGUUGGUGCAUAGUGCACUAAUCUUUCAUUGCAUAUUCUAUUAAUCAACAAUGUGCACAAAUUUAUUCUUUUGCAACAAUAGGACUGUAGUAUUCUGCAACUUGCCUUUUCAUCUUUCCAAUUAUCUUUCCAAUUUAGUAUUAUACACAUCUGCCAUGUGCUUUUUAAUAGCUUUAUUGAGAUAUAAUUGGAAUAUAUUAAACUGUACAUAUUUAAAGUAGACAAUUUGAUAAGUUUUGGCAUAUGUAUACAUACAUGAAACCAUCACCACAAUCAAGAUAGUGAACAUAUCCAUCAUCCUCAAAAGUUUUUUCAUGCCCCUUUGUAAACCCUCCCUCCCACCUCUCCCUGUGUCUCCCCACCCCCAGACAACCACUGAUCUGCGUGUGACAAUAUAGGAUCAUUUUCAUUUUCUGUAAUUUAUAUAAAACAAAUCAUACAGCAUGUAUUCUUUUGGCGGGGGAGAAGAGGGGUCUGGCUUCUUUGACUCAACAUAAUUAUUUGAGAUCCGUUCAUGUUGUGUGUAUAAAUAAUUCUUUGCUUUUUGUUGCCAAGUAGCAUU